UCAAAGCCAACAUGGCCGACCAAAGUGAGGCAACAUUUGUAUUCACAUAUGAUCAGGAUGAUUUUCAUUUUAACUCUUCGAGCUCGGCAAGUAAGUUUGACGAGGAAGUAAUGAAAAGAUGGGACAAUGCAAUGGAUUCUGGAUGUUUUAAGUACAACCUGAAUUCUGUCGAAAGAAGAAUAAUUCCUGGAAAAUAUAACUUUGUUGCACAGUUAAACGAGAAAAGAUUCACGCAAAGACGAGCUCCACAGAGUAUAACUAGCCUCAAACAGCCGUACAAUUCUGAGAAAUUUAACUUUACAAAAAUUCCGAAGAAAGAGGUUCUGCUAUCGUUAUGUGGACGCAAGGAUGAGAGCCUUGGGGGAAAUAUCGUCGUAAUAAAUGUCAGCCCACUGGAAUACGGGAAUAUUUUAUUUGUACCAGAUGUUGAUGGGCAGUUUCCGCAGGUGCUGACGGAAAGAGCCAUUCGCUUGUCACUUGAAAUGGUUUUAUUGAGUGGAAAAAGAGAUUUCCGUGUUGGCUUCAACAGCCUCUGUGCGUUCGCUUCAGUCAAUCAUCUCCACCUUCACGCCUUCUACACUCCUUAUCGUCUGCCCAUGGAAUCCGUGGGCGUGUCUUGUAUUUGUGAUGGUCUCUAUGAAACUGUGGAUUAUCCCAUAACAGCCUUUGUAUUUGAAUGUUUUGACAGCAAACAUAUAUUGACGGUUGCUAGUCAGAUUUACAAAGUGACGUCAUACCUACAUAAUAACGAGUUAGCCCACAAUGUCUUCUUCACUCGAGGACAGCGGUUAUCAGAUAGAAACAACUUUUUAACUGAUGUCACUCACACUCUAAGUGAUACUUUAAGAAUCUUCAUCUGGGUCAGAAAGCCUUCCUCUGGAGUGAAAAAUGAAAAUGUAUUUAAUAUUGCUGUUUGCGAACUUGGCGGAUUCCUGCCAAUACGUGAACGAACAUGGUAUGAAAACAUGACUGAGAAAGAAGUUUGUGAGAAAUUAGAAAGUGCUGCUCUGGAUCGCGAACGAUAUGAAAAAAUACGAAAAGAUAUAUCUCAACUGGUUCAAAAAUAACAAGAAUGAAGACAAUGUCUAGAUUUGUUGAAACCAAAUAUGAUUUUUCAAUAUUUUUUAAGAUCCGAAAAUGAUUGUGAAAUUUGGAAUUGGCGCACGGUGGAAUACAGCACGCGCGGUGUAAAUCCGUCGUAAAAUAACGAGAGUGGUUUACGCACGACUAUAAACGAAUUCACGCUUGCGUCUUUUCAACAGCAUUCACGUCGGAAUAUCUGAAAAUAUUGGGGUCUCUUGAAGCUCUUCACAACGCCUUCUCUAGAAUGCUUUUAAACGCUGCGUGUGUUGUACGGAUAUUUUUCAUCAAAUAUGCUUUCAGUCUGAGACAUUCCAAGUGGUCUGUCUUAGACAUUGAUUCCAGUUAAAAUUACCUCCAGGGUGACAGUCUGAGUUCACUCACGAGGCAACUCGCUUUGUGAAUAGAAUUUCCCUGCAAAAACGAAACGGUGUUUGAAAAUAUUAAGACGUUGCAUUUUGCUGCAUUUUUUACCCUUGUUAAGUUAAAUUGUUGCAGUCACGAUGACAAAGGGAUAUCGCAGCUCAUCAAAGCGAAUGCCUCGCUAAAAUAUCACACAAAAACAUCUUCAAAUAUUGCGUUUUUAUUUCUUCAUAUAAAUAACUUGCGUAUAAAUAGUAUUUGGCGUGGAAACAAGAAGUCACUACACACGUUUCUCGAUAAGCCCUUAUCUGUUCUGCAUAAAUAUACAGUUGACUCGAAUAAUUUAGCUUCUGUUGUUCAUGAAGAAAGCCUUGUUUCUACUAUAUGAUAUGGGAGACUAUUUAUUUCUCUAUUUAAAUAGUAUUUGAAUGUGCUUCGGUCGAUAUCUAUGUCACAAACUGUUCAGAAUCCAGACAUAGUGUUCUGCUUUACAACCAUAUAUUUUAAGAUAUAACUUUCACGAAUGCAGCAAUAUUUCAUACUGCUUGUCAUUCAGUACCUCAACUGGAUCGCAUAUUUGUCGGUUCAUAUCUUAAUUUUAAUUUAACGUAUAGUUAGCUAUAAUUACAAUUAUGCAAAAGUCACAUCUACAUGACGUAUGUGCCAACCAUAGGUGUGUAAAUACACUAGUUCUCCAGUCUAUUUACAGAUCAGUGGUACAGACAGAUGCUAGAUAAUAAUCACUGAUAAUAAUAUACAA